AUGGCACCACAAUACUCUCAUUUACAACUAUCCCUGUGGAUUCUCUCGUUUUUUUGCGGUUUGAGUCACUCAUUGAAGCUACAGCCAAUUGUUUCAGUAACUUCUACUAGCCUUACCGCAGGAGCAGUACAUUCUACUUCGUUAGGCUUGCAAUCAAGUGAAUCGUUCUUAUGGGGUGGCGCAACUGACGACCGGGCAGCUCUCGCAACAUUCACUCUUUAUGCGUCGGAUGAAACAGAGAGCAUUUUUAACCUUGAGCGGCUUCAAGAUUCGACCACAUCGAUUCAAUGCUCCAAUUCUACAGUGACUCUGCACUUUAAAGAUGCACCAGCAUAUGCGCAGCUGCAUAGUCAAUGGAGCUGGAUAAAUCAAGCUGCAAACAAUACUCUCAUGCUAGUUGCGGGUGCCGGCCAGUGUGGCUGGAAUGAGGAUCGUCAGCCCUUCUCUGUAUCAUCUAUCGACUACAAUAACGCAACAAUCACGGCUGUGUUAUCUGGCUCACGUGUUGAAUGGAGCGAUAUUGCAUCCAACUAUCAUCUUCAUUUAGGUGCAGUACCUCAGACUGAUUUAUCUCGACGCGACUACACCGGUGACUACACUUUGGACUUUAAUCACCAACUCGGAUUUGGCAACUGGUCUUUCCCAAUCGAUCCUACAUUCUCAGUAGGUCUCACUUGUAAGACUUGUUACACUGCAGGUGAUUUCGCCUUUGACUUCGAUAUAAAAACUGAGUUGGGUAUCCCUGUGGAUGCAACUCUUACCAUAGUCCCUCAGGAUGUUUCAGUGGUUCUAGAUCCUACAAUCUCGCUUAGUGGUAAUAUAGGUGGAAGCCUAUCGUUCAAAGAUACCUUUCUUCGGAUCCCAAUUGAUGGCAUCACAGUCGCUAGUAUUGUUGAUAUGGGUCCCGAAAUUGCCUUCACCGGAGCUCUGAAUAUUGGCCCAUUGAAGGGUACUGCAUCCGUAACAACUGGUGUGAACGUUAGCGUCGAUAACUCCGCUGAGAUGUAUAUCGACCUUCUUUCCCCAUCGCACUUCAAUGCUUCGGGUUGGACUCCACAGGUGGCUGGAUUGACGCCAUCUGUAUCAGCUUCAAUUGGUGCGGGUAUUUCUCUCAGCCUACUAGCUGACGUCGAGUUUGACCUGACAGUGCUUGGGAAAGGGUUAUCGGCUGGAAUCGGCUUGCAACCUUUAGUUGGUGCCACGCUCUCUGCGAUUGACUCGCCAUCUGGAGCUUGUGCCAAAGACCCAGAGCAUAAUGAAUUUGGAGUUCAGCUUGCUCCGUCAGCUGGUGUCUGGUUUUUGGCCAGUGUCAGUGAUGUAGCCACAGUGACUAUAACGGUAAGCUCAGAAGCAUAG